ACUGCCGUGUUUGCACAAGGAAUAUAUUUGAAAAGGGCCAUAGCCAUACCGCUGUAUGGUGUCCCCACAAGGACAGUUCUAAACUUGAGAAAAUUGAGGCUGAGGUGUGUACUUUAGCAGGUAUAGAUUUCCCCCCUGGGAGUGGAGCAUCAAAGAUGCUGCGCUACGUCAAAUUUAUGUACCGGUCAGCCACUGGUCAAACUGAGAACGGACGACGGUCAAAGACAAGUGGCUCAAAACCCCUCGGGGGUGCAAUGAAGAAACAGGAAAAAGGGUCGUCCAAGAAAUCUUCGCUGAUGAAGCACCAUUCGAAAGGGGAGCCUGCUGAGGCGCCCCCGGCUAACCUGAAACAGUCGUCGUCUCUGGAUAACCUUGAUGAAGUGCCGAUACCCAAGACUUACAUUAGUAAGAGUCAUGAGAACCUAAGCAGCUUCCAGAAGAGGAAACUCUCAGGACUUCCUCACCAGAGACCCAAGUCCAGCCUUGGCACAUCACAGGCAAAGGCAGGCAACAAAGAGAACGUCGGUCAAAAAGAGACGAAGACAGUGACUUAUGGCAAAUCUAAGACUGUGAAAUACACAACUCCUGGAUCAAUGCGGAAAGCCUCCAGUACGCAGUCAAUCGAUAAGGCAGGCUCGUUGGUGAGAAGUGCAGUCCAGAACAACAAAGCGCAAUCCAUGAAGCGUGCGGUAAGCACGCAGAAUGUCCAAACCAAGGACAAGUCCAUACGGAAUAGGACCUCGGCACCCGCAGAAGUCAUGUCCUACAACGCAGAGCUCCUGGCAAAUUUUGAAAAGGAGAAGAAGAAUCUAGAGUCCAGAAUAUCUGACUUGACACAGCUAGCGGAGAGUCGGAAAGGCGAGAUAGAAAAAUAUAAAAUAGAAAUCCGUAAUCUGCGAUCCCAGGCACAGGGUCAAGAGGUUGAGGAAGAAGUGGAAUUUCUGAAAAAUGAAAAUCGACUCCUGCAAGACCGACUCAAAGAGCUCGGGCACCCAGUGGAGCAAAUCACAGACACUCAGAAACUUUGCAUGUUAAAAGAGGCAUCGCACAGUAGAGCUAAGAGCGGUAGUGAUGUUACCAUGCCCCAGAGUGUUAGUUUUGACAAUUUGUCUGUGGAAUGUGCGCGAGGGUCAGUGAUGGGGAGUGUUGUUCGGGACGGUUUGGAGCGUUCAGAGUCCAUUCCAGCCUCAGAGCCGGGCUUCACCUUGGCUGACCUUUGCAGUUCAGACCACAACUGGGAUAAACAGAGCAACAAAAGCAGUGACGCGAUGAGCGAGGUGGCACUACAAAACUUGACAGAGCGCAUUCUGGAGAUGGAGGAGACGCAUUACAGCACCAACGAGGAGUUACAAGCCACUCUCCAGGAGCUGGGUGAUUUGCAGGAUACUGUCAACCGGCUGACGGAGGAGAAUGAAGACUUGGCAGCAGAGCGAGAUCUGCUGUUUCAAUCACUUCAUACACAAACCAGGAAACUGCAAAACUGCAGGACGCAGAUUGAACAGUUGAAAAGUUUGCUAAUUGGAACACAUUUACCUGACAAAGGUGAGAAGGAAAAGCAGCUGGAGGACCUUUUGAAAAGUGCUGCUGAGGAACGGGAGGAACUGUUGUGUCUGCAGAAGGAGUUAGGCAGUGCCUUGUUUACGUCAGAGAAUGACAACCGGGAAGCGCAGGACGUUGUGGAAGCUCUCAAAGACAAAGUGCAGUUGUUAGAGGACCGUGUGAAAGCAUUACAGGCAGACAAACAAAUGAAGGACACAGAAAUGACCACUCUGAAGGAGUCCUACUCCAGUGAUCAGAUAGAGUUAACGCGAUACAAGACACUUCUGGAAAAUGAAAAGUCCAAAGUGACAGAACUUGAGCAGUACAGCAAGGCCGUAGACAAAUCCGACCUGGAGGAAUUGCUUCACAAUACCAGAACAGAGAAGGAUAAAAUUGAAGCCAAGCUGGCAAACAUCCAGGAAGCAUAUGCGCAUUGCCAGUGUGAAGUGGUCAAGCUGAAAGAUCAACUGUCGAGGAGAGACGACGAGUUGAAGGUGACCAAGAACAACGGAAAGACGCAGAUGGAUAAUUUGGAAUUCCGUGUGAAAAAUUCCGAGAAAGAGAAAGAUGAGCUUCAGCAGGAGAUUCGGAAUUUGAGGGACCACAUUGACCAGCUGGACCAGGAUUGUGACCGCUACCUCGAGGAGAAAAAGGGUCUGGAAGCCAAGAUACAGGAGUGCCGGCAAGAGUUGAACUUGGAGCGCAAAACCCGCAUGGCUCUAGAGUGCAAGGUGAGAGAGCAGCAGUCAUUGCACGAAGAGCAGAGCGAGGAAUGGAAGCAGUUUCAGAAGGAUCUACAGGUGGCAGUGGUCAUCGCCAAUGACUUCCGCUCUGAGAAGGAACAAGAGCUCGAUAAUUUAGUCCAGGAGAACACAAGCUUAAGAGGGAAAUGUCGAAACUUGGUGUCCGAGCUGAACCAGGUGAAGGAUGAGUUAGAGACGCUGCGUGCCCAGAACGCCUUAGAACAGAGACCCUCCAAGCACAUAAUGUCACCUACAGAGCUGAAGAGUCCAAUAGACAAGGAACUUUGUGCACUGAGGGAAAAUAGACAAAGACAUGAUAGCAAUAAGAACCAAAGCUUAAACGUGAAAAGCCUGAUAAAGUCAAUAGAGGAGCAGGUGAAAUCUGGAUCUAGCUGCCCCAUCUCCUCAAGUCGUGCUAGUUCUAGACGGAAUUCGGAAACCACAGAUGGGCCGAUAUGUCUGCGACCAGAAACAGACAAAUCUCCAAUGAAAGAAAAUGGUAAAGGAAUUGUGCGAAGGAAUACAGUGGCAUCUGAAUCACCAGUGUGCUUACGCUCUGUGCUAAAGAAACCUACUCCUGAAAGACUUUCACCUUUGCAGCGGCAUGCGAACGGUGCGUUUGACAAAAACAAGAGUCCAUUAGAGUCCCCCAAAUCUGCACCUGUGCCGGUAUCAAUAGGGGAAUCUGAAAUAACAACGGUUUCACCAAGCAUUGCCUCCUUCCUCUCUCGAGGAAGUGGAUCUCGGAGAAACAGUGGGGUUGGGCUUAUUGUCGAUGGAGACCGACGUGAUCCUGGUGGUAAAGAUCCCCUAGGGAUUCUGGCCAAGCACAUGGGAGGCUCAAAACGUAAUGCUCUACUCAAAUGGUGCCAGCAGAAGACUGUGGCUUAUCGGGGGGUUGAUAUCACCAACUUCAGCAGCAGUUGGAACGAUGGUUUAGCAUUCUGUGCUCUCCUACACAAUUAUCUACCAGGGAGAAUUCCGUAUAGUGAACUCAACAAUGAUGACAAGAGGAGAAAUUUUAAGGCGGCCUUUGAAGCAGCAGAAAGUGUUGGCAUUCCCCCUAUCUUGGAUAUCAAUGAUAUGGCUGCGAUGGAACGUCCAGAUUGGCAGUCCGUCAUGUCCUAUGUCACAUCCAUCUAUAAACAUUUUGAGAUUGAUGCCAAAUCUUGACAGAUGUCCUCGUGACGUCAUCGUGUGGGUGUGUGUUUAAUCAGCUUUAUACUUGAUGUGUGCAGUAUUGUCAGGGCUUUGUGCAAUGCUCUGAACUUACACCUUGGUCCAUAUUAAUCCAUGUACUGCUGAGGAGCAAGAUUAUCUGCGGAUUGUCAAGGUCGACUAGGACAUGAGCUUUCGAGGCCUUCUGGAAUUGCUGCCAUCAGAUACAUGUACUGAACGAAGUUUGGAUGGGAAGAUUACGUGAGUCAAUGGUAGACUCGAGGACGAGCUACACAGAUGGUCAAAAUGACAGUAGAAGGCAUCGUUUUCUUCUGGGACAUUGCAGUGCAUGUGUACUGCAUAUAUGUUUUAUGAGCACACAUACACUGAUAAUUGUGAGGUAAUAAAGGAAAGAGCAUUGAUUUCACACUUUUAGACCGUCUCGAUACAAGAGUUUUUUGAGUUCCCCAUUCCAAUAUAGCAUACAGGAACAACAUUGCAGCUGCCUGUAGGUGCAAAUUUAAGGACUGUGGACAAGUUUGUCAUCAGGCUGAUCUGC